AUGUUUAACAGAGGCUCUAUUUCAAAAUGGCCUUUCCGGAGACUCCUAGGAAGUGGAGAUCAUGAUCCAAAACAAACCUCUGUUGUUGUUAAGCCGAGAAAAACCGAUGUUUGUCUUCCUCGGCCGACGAACACUAAGCAAAAGGCCGCAGGUGUUGUCAGAGAGGAGAGAGAUGGGAAUAUGGUGAUCUUGUCCGGCACAGGCGCUGCCGCCGCUGCCGCUACGGUGGCGGCUGCUGAUGUUGCGGGUGGUAUUUUGACUGGGAAGGCAGAAAAACCUGGCAAGAUGGAUGGUAGCGCUUGUGGAGGUGGGUAUGGUGGUGAUUAUAAAGUAGCUGUUGGCGGUAGUGGUGGGGGCGGCGGGGAUAGCCAUGGUGGUAGUUCUGAUGGUGGUGGGGCCAACCAGGUGAGUCUUCCUGGAGGCGGUGAUGGUGGCGGAGAGGGGGGGUUUUGGGCCGAUUUCUUUGCCGAUUGUGGUGGAGGUGGUUGCGGUGGCGGUUGCGGUGGAAAGCGUCAGUUGCCUGAUUCAUCCUGCGUUGAUUGUUGCCAUCAAAGUUUCGGCUAUGUAUUUUCAGACCUGGGAAUGGAUAUGUCCAUCGAAGACCCGUUCUCAAAGCUUUCGCUUGGACAGAGGGAAUUGAAAGUUAUAGUUCCUGGCGAUGAUGCAUCUCCCGAGUUCGAUCCGGGAAGGGCUUUGGUUGGUCGUCUGGUCUCCGGUAAGGUAUUGGGACACAACACUAUUGUUCAGAGGUUGAAGGGUUUUUGGUCUCUUAAGGACAAUCUCACCACCCAUGCAUUGGGACAUAACACGAUCUUGUUCUGCUUCAACAGUAUGACGGAUAAGAAACGGGUUAUGGUGGGUGCUCCUUGGUUUAUGGAAGAUCAUCUCCUAAUUCUGAGCGAGGACACGGCUGAUGUCAUUGCCAAGAGACAAGUUUUCACGCACUCUCCUCUCUGGAUUCAAUUACAUGGCCUCCCCGUUGGCCUCAUGUUGAAGAAAUUUGCAGCGACUGCGGGAGACAACAUCGGCCAAUUCAUUGAGGUCCCCAUGGUCUCUCGCCGUAGCUACAUGCCUCCCAUUCGAUUGGCUCAAAACCCCUCUAUCCCUUCCCAUUACUUCUACCCGGCAGAUGAGGCCAAAAGACUAUCGGAGGCUUACUCGGAGAAAAAUAAGAGGAAGCAUAACCUCGUUUAUUAUGAGGAUGGCUCAAUCUUGGCUUAUCUCCCACCAACUCUCAACCCCGCCAAAACUCUUGAGGAGAACCUUAGCCUUGGCUCUCCUCCUCAUGUCCAACUUCAGUUAUCUCAGAAUGCAACAGGAGUUGACUUAAUCGCUCUUACUCAAACACAAGGGGCGGAGGAUCUUCAAUCCGGAGAAGUUGAACAGUCUCUUACCUCUGAGCACCAAAAUGCACCACCUAUUAUUCAGCUCCCCCCUUCACCGCCCACCUCGCCUAAAAAACCAUUCUCACCAUCCCAAACAUCUCAACCAGAACCAACAAUCCAUAACCCCCCCCCCUCCCCGAUCCUUCCCUCGAGCCCUUUCCUGGUAAACGUGGAGAUGCAUGCGGACUCCCCAUUCAAGAAAAUGGAAAGGAAAGUGAUGAUUCAGCGCCGUCGUAAUUACAUCUCUUCGACCUCUGAUGGCAAAGGGGCAAGAUCUACUAAACGAAAACUCUUGGUUGAAGAUGAGUUCUUAGAGACUAUUCCAGUGGAGGAUAUUUCGAUGAAACAUUUGUUCUUUACCUGCAAUUUUGCGUCUGAGGUUUGGAGACUUGCAAGCUUGAACAUGCAAAUAGACAACUUGGAAAAAGACGAUGGAGGGGAAUGGAUUCGAUCGAUGAUCCUCGAGUUAGAUGCCAAGGAUGCUGAACUUGCUGCUACCAUCCUCAACUGCAUCUGGUUCCGACGCAAUAAGGCUGUUCACGAUCUUGAAGAGCUUAGUCCCACGGCUACGGCUCUGAUUGUUGAAAGCAUGCGGCGUUCCUUCCUUCAAGCCCAUAGGUGGCCAGAACGUAUGUCUUCUCAGCUACAAUCGAAUGCAAUCUUUGGCUGUCCAGCAUCGGGGCAGCGAAUCUGGUUUGAUGGAGCCAUCUCCCGCCUGUUUCAUUGUGCUGGUGUGGGAGUUUGGUAUGAGGAUGCUCAGGGCUCUCUCGUAGAAGGGUGGGCAAAGAAGUUUCAGGGGAUAACAGACCCUGAAGUUUCAGAAACGCUUGCAUUAAGGGAAGCUCUCCUCCUUGCAGCAAAGUACAAUCUAGCAAAUUUUGCAGUUAUGAGAGAUACUAUCAAUGUCAUCUUAUCCGCGCAGGAGGUAGUCGUAGCCCCGGAGAACUUUGAUCCAGUCAUGGAAUCUGUUCGUCAGUUAAUCAACACUACUCAACCUUUGGGUAUUUUUUGGUCGCAAAGAUGUAAUAAUAGGAUAGCACACAAACUUGCGGCUUUAGCAAAGAGCAGUGACUCUGAUUGUAUCAUUUGGAAGUCCCCACACAAGGAAACCCUCUCUCUCCCACACAGCCCUCUCAGCAAGCAUCGUCCGCUCGUUUUCUCGGCGGCCGAUUUCGCGAGUGAAUACAGUCUUUCGCCGCCGUUCACCGCCGUUCUCACUGAGGGUUCUACAAGAUCGGCGAAGAUGUUUGGGAGGCCGCCGAAAAAGAGUGAUAACUCCAAGUACUAUGAGAUUUUAGGGGUAUCGAAGAAUGCAUCCCAAGAUGAUCUCAAGAAGGCUUACCGUAAAGCUGCCAUUAAGAACCAUCCUGACAAGGGCGGGGAUCCAGAAAAGUUUAAGGAGCUCGCCCAGGCCUAUGAGGUACUUAGUGAUCCCGAGAAGCGGGAAAUCUAUGAUCAGUAUGGUGAGGAUGCACUGAAAGAAGGAAUGGGUCCUGGAGCUGGUGGUCAUGACCCAUUUGACAUUUUCCAGUCAUUCUUUGGUGGUGGUAGCCCAUUUGGUGGUAACAGAGGUCGGAGACAAAGGAGGGGAGAGGAUGUUAUUCAUCCUCUCAAGGUUUCUUUGGAGGACCUCUAUAAUGGAACCUCAAAGAAACUGUCACUCUCGCGGAAUGUUUUGUGUCCCAAGUGCAAGGGGAAAGGGUCCAAGUCUGGUGCUUCAAUGAAAUGUUCUGGUUGUCAAGGAUCUGGAAUGAAAGUUUCAAUAAGACAGCUCGGCCCUUCCAUGAUCCAGCAGAUGCAGCAUCCAUGUAAUGAGUGUAAAGGGACUGGUGAAACUAUUAAUGACAAGGACCGAUGCACACACUGCAAGGGAGAGAAGGUUGUGCAGGAAAAGAAGGUGUUAGAAGUUGUUGUAGAGAAGGGUAUGCAGAAUGGUCAAAAGAUCACAUUCCCUGGUGAAGCUGAUGAAGCACCUGACACAGUUACAGGGGACAUAGUCUUUGUUCUACAACAGAGAGAGCACCCUAAGUUCAAACGCAAGCAUGAUGACCUUUUCUAUGAACACACUUUGUCAUUAACUGAGGCUCUAUGUGGCUUCCAAUUCGUCUUGACUCAUUUAGAUGGCAGGCAGCUUCUCAUUAAGUCACAACCUGGAGAAGUGAUAAAGCCUGAUCAGUUUAAGGCUAUAAAUGAUGAAGGGAUGGUGAUGUAUCAGAGGCCAUUUAUGAGGGGCAAAUUGUAUAUUCACUUCACUGUAGAAUUCCCCGACUCCCUGGACCCAAAUCAAUGCAAGGCUCUUGAAAGUGUUUUGCCUCCGAAGACUGCAAAACAAAUCUCCGACAUGGAGUUGGAUGAGUGUGAGGAGACUACACUUCACGAUGUUAAUAUUGAGGAGGAGAUGCGUAGAAGGCAACACCAAGCAGCCCAAGAGGCAUAUGAUGAAGAUGACGAUAUGCAUGGUGGUGCCCAGAGAGUCCAAUGUGCUCAGCAGUAA